AUGCCAAACAGAUUCACUUGGCACUAUAUGACGUUUCUUAGAUAUUUUUACGAGCGUCCAGGCCAACGAACAUUCGUCGUAGGCGCAGACUUGGCGUUCAUGAUUCCAGCAAAUACGCCACGCGCGUUCACUACUCAGCAUUUGAAUGCAACAGAGAAGCCUCGCGAGUGGAAUUUAUCGUCGCUGUCUUAUCAAGCUGGCAACCCCGAAAUGAACGCGGCGAUGCUUACCAGCCACCGAAUCAAGACCACCCCGACUGACAGACUCGAAAUCAGCGUGGUCCAGCAACUUUUCGUGGAGUUAAUCGAAGACCAAGAAGGAAUGCGCUGGUGCUCGGAUGUGGAAUGGAUCGCGUCAGGUUGUGUAACGGGUACUGACGGUAGUAUCGGGGCCGUGGUUUUAUCUGAAGAGGUCAAGAACCUGCGGUUGAGUGACUACUUCACUUCAGACUUGGCCUGA